AUGUUCAGACAAGCUUUAACCAAGUUAACCAAGCCAUCAUUGGUCAAUGGUGUUCGUUCAUAUUGCCAAGAAAACUCAAAGAUCACUGGCUCUGUCAUCGGUAUUGAUUUAGGUACCACCAACUCUUGCGUUGCUGUUAUGCAAGGUACUGAAGCCCGUGUUCUCGAAAACGCUGAAGGUGGUCGUACUACCCCAUCCGUCGUUGCCUUUACCGAUGAUGGUCAAAGAAUCGUUGGUCUCCCAGCCAAGAGACAAAUGGUAACCAACUCUGCAAAUACUUUAUUCGCUACUAAGCGUUUAAUUGGUCGUCGUUUUGAUGAUCCAAUGACCCAAAAGGAUAUGGGUAUGGUUCCAUACAAGAUUGUCAAGGGACCAAACGGAGAUGCUUGGAUGGAAGUCAAGGGUAAGCAAAUCUCACCAUCUGAAGCCGGAGCCUACGUCCUCACCAAGAUGAAGGAAACCGCCGAAGCCAAUCUCGGAGGAAAGAUUGUCGACGCUGUCGUCACUGUCCCAGCCUACUUUAACGACGCCCAACGUCAAGCCACCAGAGAUGCCGGUACCAUUGCCGGUUUGACCGUCCGUCGUAUUAUCAACGAACCAACCGCCGCCGCCUUGGCCUAUGGUUUCAAGAUUGACGAUCCAAAGACUGUUGCCGUCUACGAUCUCGGAGGUGGUACUUUUGAUAUCUCUAUCCUCGAAAUUGUCAGCGGUGUCUUUGAAGUCCGUGCCACCAACGGUGAUACUUUCCUCGGUGGUGAAGAUUUCGAUGUCACUUUGACCGACUACAUGGCCGCCGAAUUCAAAAAGGAAAAGGGUGUCGAUCUCAAGAACGACCCAAUGGCCAUGCAACGUCUCAGAGAAGCCGCCGAAAAGGCCAAGUGCGAACUCUCAUCGACCCUCCAAACCGACGUCUCCCUCCCAUACAUCUCUGCUGGUCCAAGCGGUCCACUCCACUUUAACAUGAAGCUCACCCGUUCCAAGUUUGAGCAAUUGGUCAUGGAAUUGAUCAACCGUACCAUCGAGCCAUGCAAGAUCUGUCUCAAGGACGCCAACCUUGCUCCAAAGGACAUCAACGAAGUCAUCCUCGUCGGAGGUAUGACCCGUAUGCCAAAGGUCGUCGAAGUUGCCAAGAACCUCUUUGGCAAGGAGCCAUUCAAGGGUGUCAACCCAGACGAAGCCGUAGCCGUCGGUGCCGCCAUCCAAGGUAAUGUCAUCAAGGGUGACACCAAGGGUAUCGUCUUGGUCGAUGUCACUCCACUCUCUCUCGGUAUCGAGACCUGGGGUGGUAUAUUCACUCGUUUGAUCAAGAAGAACACCUCGAUCCCAGCCUCCAAGACCGACGUCUUCUCCACCGCCUCUGACGGUCAACAAGAAGUCGAAAUCAAGGUCUUCCAAGGUGAGCGUGAAAUGGCUGCCGACAACAAGCUCCUCGGCAAGUUCACCCUCUUUGGUUUGCCACCACUCCCAAAGGGUGUCCCACAAAUCGAAGUUACCUUUGACAUGGAUGUCAACGGUAUGCUCCAAGUCAUCGCCAAGGACAAGGCCACCGGCAAGGCCCAACAAAUCCGUAUCCAAGCCUCUGGUGGUCUCUCCAAGGAAGAUAUUGCCCGUAUCCUCAAGGAAUCUGAAGCCAACUCUGAAGCCGACAAGAAGAGACGUGACCUCGUCGAAGCCAAGAACUCUGCCGAGUCAUCUGUCUACCAAGUCGAAAAGGAUCUCGUCGACUUUAAGGAAUACCUCAACGCCCAACAAGGUGAAGAAAUCAAAAAGGCCGUCCAAGCCGUCCGUGACGUCAUGGCCAACGAAGACCCAUCUGCCAUCGAAACCGAAGUCAAGAAGCUCCGUGACCUCACCACCUCUACUUUCGAAGUUGCCUACAAGGCCAAGGUCUCUGCUCAAGCCUCUUCCCAACAAAACAACACCAACCAAACUCAAAACAAGGAUAACAAUACCACUGAAGCUGAAUUCACUGAAAAGAAGUAA